GGUGAGUGCUGCGGGCCGCACGGACCCGGGGGGUCGGUGUCCGUGCUGGAGCUUCAGUCUUUGCGGUUGCCCAAGGUGAUAUUCUUCAGUAGUCAAGAUGUCCUCAGCACCUGAGCCUCCAGCAGCAAAGAAAGACCCUCCGAAAGAGAGGAAAUUUGAAAACCCAGGCCUCCGAGGGACGCACACGACAACCUUAUUUCGAGCUGUGAAUCCUGAGCUCUUCAUUAAACCCAACAAACCCGUAAUGGUCUUUGGACUGGUAGCCCUUUCUCUUUGUGUGGCUUACAUUGGUUAUCUGCACGCAGCACAAGAGAACAAAAAGGACCUCUAUGAAGCCAUUGAUAGUGAAGGGCAUCGUCACAUGAGGAGAAAGACAUCUAAAUGGGAUUAAGUGCUGUUUCCUUCAGAUGGAGCGUUAUUACAGGCUCUGAAAUCUUUAAAGGAAAGACUCUCUGAGAGUAUGGAAUUAUGUUUCUUGUACCAUAAUCUGUUAACAAGAGAGAAUACACAAUUGGAAGCCGUCCACUCUGGUUACAGCUGCGGCUCUUAGCCCUUUCUCUUCCCACAACGGAAUAUUUCAAUAUUUCUUCUGUGAAAAUGCCAUAAGAAUGGGAGUGUUUUUGUUCAGUUCUGUAUAAUAAAAGUACCCAGUCCUGUUAAACUUG